GGAAGAUCAAGAUGUAUUGAUGGACCUUUCCACCAUGGACGACCAACAAACGUACAACCUGUUCAUCGAGCCCUGCGCGCUGAAUAAUUCAACAAUUGAGUCUACAAGCAGGGAAAUAAGAUGGAGAUCCGCUAGGAAGGGGAGAUCAGGCGUUUUCAUUGGAAAUAAUACACCUUUAAACGAGGUAUUUGUCAGAAAUCCGCGAUGAAGAGUCUCGUACUGUCUGUCGUUUUGUUUGUUCUAGGCUCUUGCCAGGACGCCUUUGACAAAAACUGUCUUGAGGCACACAACGAGUAUCGCAAGCGUCAUGGCGCCAAGGAGAUGACGUGGUCAGCGUCUCUCGCAACAGACGCACAGAAGUGGGCGGACAAACUCUCGCAGACGGAUGCCUUUAAACACGACUAUGCUUCUAUUAACAGCAAAAGUCAGGGCGAGAAUCUAGCGUACUUCACGCCACAGAAGCCCAAGUGUAUGGGCCCUAAGGCACAGGACUGCGUCACUUGUGCUGAGAUCGUCAAAGACUGGUACGACGAAGUGCAGUUCUAUGAUUUUAACACAGGAAAGGAAAAGCAACCUGGGUCAGUCAUUACGCAUUUUACGCAGGUUGUGUGGGACGCGUCUACCGAGCUGGGAGUCGGCGUGGGAAUUAACAAGUCCCCUUCCGCUAAAUAUGGCUUUAUUACCGUUGCACGGUACUUUAAGAGGGGGAAUUUUGGAAAUGCCGAUGAAUUUAAGAAAAACGUCUUUCCCGAAGUUGCACCGGGAGCUACAACAGUUGCUCCGGGUACUACGACCGCUGCAUCUUCUGGAUCUGGUAGUACCACAGGCAGUCCAUCUCAGCCAACGACCCUCCCUGUUGUACCGACCCUCCCCGCCACGGGAGGCGGGAACAGUGGAAGUGGAAAGAAUGGAUCCGACAAUUGCGAAUAUUUCAUAGUAUCCUCCAUAAAACAGGAGCACAAGAUUAUUCAAAAAUGCAAGGGAAAGCCAAACAUUACGUUCGUUCCACUGCCGCUUCCAGGAAAUAAUGUGCCAGCAAUCUUACCCCCCGCACCCACAGCAAAGACCACCCAAGGACCAUCCGGCGCGUCCACUCAGGGGGCAACGCCCACCACAGGGGGCCCGUCAGGUCCAACGGGAGGAGCCUCCAGCGCCACCCCAAGCGCUACAAUAGCAUCGACGGCCCCACCAACUACACCCUCGACAACAACACUAGCACCCACAACACCUUUGUCCGAGAAAGAGGCAAAGAAGCAAGAGGCACAAGCCACAGUCCUAACGAACCUCUACCGGACCAUGCAUCAGGUCGGGCAAAUCGAGUUUGACAAAGACCUCUCGGACGCAGCCCGCGCGUGGGCGCAAAAGCUCGCGCAGGAUGACGACAAACUGACUCAUGAGCCAGGGGUGAAGGAAGGCGAGAAUGUGGCGUCCGUACCCAGCAGCAACACCGCCAUCAUGGACGCAUUCGACGCGUGGUACGACGAGUCUUCUAAGUACGACUACGCCAACGCCAAGUUCUCUAAAGAGACCGGUCACUUUACACAGCUUGUGUGGAAAGCGACUCAGAAGAUGGGUAUUGGUACAGCGAAGAACGCCAAAGGCGACAAGGAAUACGUAGUGGCCCGCUUUAGUCCCGCGGGGAACAUCAAGGGGCAGUUUGCAGACAACGUAUUACCGAGUAUAGUUAACAAGUAGAGAUGACACAAUGUGAGGGGUCUAGGGGGGGGGGGAGUAG